GGCAAUGUUGACUAGUAAUUAUAUCAAUGAUGUGUCUACUUUGAUUUAAUCAAGGGCAUUGACUUGUUCUUGCUGUAGAAUGGUAAGCGUUUAAAAGAUAUGAUAUGAGACUAUUAGAUAAAUGAAUCUUGAAUGUUUGAUUUAAUACACAUUCCAUUUCUGGAAAAUAACAUAUUAUCACCAGGAAGACUUCAUGCAAAGGUCCAGCAAUGACUGAGGCAAAAUUUUGUUAUUAUUUGGGGACAUAGCAUUAGCCUAACCAGUGUAGUGUUCUCUUUUGCUUAUAAAGUAGUUUCCUGAUCAUUCGAUACCAUGAAUGAACUGCUAAAAGCAUUCAAGGAUGUUGAAGCAUGAUAUUCAAGAGAUAUAGGGUCUCUUUCUUAUUCUGUAGUAGUAACACUUCCAGAGGCAUGGCAGCACCAGUCAAUGUUCAUGUGGUUCUGGACUUUGAUGCGUGGUGUAGGAAGAUGGAUUGAGCUGCAUCAACCCUGUCCUCAUGGGCACCAUCUCAUCCAAAUUGCACAACUGGGCACCAUCUCAAACCAGAGGGACUUCCCCAUACAGCACAGUACUGCAGGAUUAAUGACUACAUAGAUUGAACUAAGCAGAAGAAUAUUAUUUCGGAAUAUAAGGUAGGGCAAUUGUAGCGGUACCUCGGAGGAGAUUUAUCUGUACAAGGCCUUUCAAAUUCUUAUGCCAGGAACAUAUUCAAAAGAUUCAAAUAUGAUUAACAAAGUGAAGUACCCUUCCAUCCCUGGAAAGCUUGCUGUGAGUUCUGUUUUUGUCUUGAUUCUUUCAUUGUCGAUAUCCUUGGCUAUGCCACAAAAAAAAAACCAUCACCCCAGUAAAUGUCGGAGUUAUUCUGGAUGACCAUAUACAUUCAGGGGGUCAGCAAAUUUGGUUGAGCUGCAUAAAAAUGGCUCUCUCUGACUUCUAUGCCUCUAAUGCUCAUUACAAGACUAGGAUAGUCUUGAAAGUUAGGGACUCUAAAGGAAAUGCUGUUCAUGCCGCUGCUGCAGCUCUUGAUUUGAUAAAGAAUGAAAAAGCUCGAGCCAUCAUUGGACCAAUGACAACUAUGGAGGCGAGCUUUGUUAUUGAUCUUGGAAAUGAAGCUCAUGUGCCCAUCAUAUCAUUUUCUGCACCAACCCCUUCUCUUACUUCAAUCCAGAGCUCGUACUUUUUUCAGUUUGCACAAAAUGAUUCAAGUCGAGUGAAAGCUAUAAGUUCCAUUGUAAAAGCUUUCGGGUGGAGGCAAGUUGUACUGAUUUACAUGGACACUUCAUAUGGUGAGGCAAUUGUACCAUUCUUAACUGAUGCAUUGGAAGAAAUUGGGGCUCGAGUCGCUUACCGGAGUGUCAUUUCCCCAUCUGCAACAGAUGAUCAAAUUGAAAAAGAGCUUUACAAGUUAAUGACAAUGCAAACUAGAGUUUUUGUUGUCCACUUAACAACCCCGCUAUGCUCCAGGGUACUUUCUAAGUCAAAAGCAAUUGGAAUGAUGAGCGUGGGAUAUGUUUGGAUCACAACCGGUGGGAUACCUAAUGGAUUAAAGACGAUGGACGACCUUUCAUUCCUCAAUUCCAUGGAUGGAGUAUUAGGUGUUGAAACAUAUGUUCCAGUAACAAAAGAAUAUCAAGAGUUCAUACCACGGUGGCAUCUGCAGUUCCUAAAUGACACAGCUAACAAUUUUUCUGCAAACUUGGAUGUUUUUGCACUAUGGGCUUAUGAUGCUGCUCAUGCACUCGCCAUAGCAAUUGAAAAAGUAACUUGGAGUGCAAGUGAUAUAGGUUUCCAAAAGUCAGAUGCUGCUUACAACAACUUGACAGAUCUUGUAAGUUUUCCGGUCUCUCAAUAUGGUUCAAAACUAUGCAAAGCCCUCUCAACUACAAGUUUUCAUGGCAUUUCUGGAGAUGUUAGGCUUGUUGAUAGGCAACUUCAAUCCUCAACUUUUAAGAUUGUUAACAUAAAUGGUGGAGCAGCAAGAACAAUCGGGUUGUGGCCACCGAAACAUAAAAAGUUGAGUUCCUCAAAAAGCAAAACCACAAUCUCCAAUGGCAAUCUUCAACCCAUUAUAUGGCCAGGAGGUUCUCUCUCUGUUCCGAAGGGAUGGGUUGUCCCAACAAAUGACAAGAAGUUGAGGAUUGCUGUUCCUCAAAAAGUUGGUUUUACCGAGUUCGUUAAGAUCACAGAAGAUGCAAGCGGAAAUAUAAUUGAUGUAUCUGGGUUCAGUAUUGAUGUCUUUAAGGCUGCAGUAGAGAUAUUGCCAUAUGCUCUUACCUAUGAAUUCAUUCCCUUUGUGAUCGGCAAUGGCUUUCACGCUGGCAAUAACGAUGAUUUGUGUUAUCAAGUUUCUAUUGGGAACUUUGAUGCUGUAGUGGGAGAUACAACAAUCACAGGAAAUAGGUCAUUGUAUGUAGACUUCACCAUGCCAUAUACAGAAGCCAGUAUAGUCAUGGUUGUGCCAGUCAGAGAUAGCAAUAGAAAGAGUGCAUGGGCUUUCUUGAAGCCUUGGAGAUGGGACCUUUGGUUUACAACUGCUUGUUUUUUCUUGUUAAUUGGUUUCGUUGUUUGGGUUCUUGAACAUCGAAUUAAUAAACACUUUCGGGGCCCUCUGUCACAUCAAGUUGGUACCAGUGUCUGGUUUUCAUUCUCCACCAUGGUUUUUUCGCAGACUGCUAGAGUUGUUAGUAACUGGGCUAGAGUUGUGAUGAUUGUCUGGAUAUUUGUUCUACUAGUACUCACAAUAAAUUACACGGCCAGUCUAACUUCACUAUAUACGGUGCGGAAACUCCAGCCAACCGUUACUGAUAUAAAUGAUCUAGUAAAGAAUAGAGAGAAAGUUGGCCAUGUAAGGCAUUAUGUUGGUGACAUGUUGAAGACAAGGGGUUUUGAUGACUCGAAUCUUGUGAAACUUACAACUGUAGAAGAAAUUGAUGACGCCCUUUCAAAUGGUCGAGUUGCUGGUGUCGUGGAUGAAACUCCCAACCUGAAGCUUUUUCUUGCAAAGUACUGCAACAAGUAUAUCAUGGCAUUUCCAAAAGGCUCCCCUCUUCUACAGGAUGUUUCACAGGCAGUCCUAAAUGUGACCGGGGGAGAGAAGAUCAUGAAGAUUGAAGAUAAAUGGUUCAAGAAAGAAAGCAACUGUCAAGUCUUGACAACCCCAAACAUUAAUAGCCAUGGUCUUGGUGUUGAUAGCUUUUGGGUCUUAUUUCUCCUUGUGGCGGGGGCUUCAAUACUAGCUCUGAUAAUAUUUAUAGUUUCAUUUGUUUGCAGGCACAAGGUUACUUGGUCUUCAGAAGCUUCCAUAUGGAAAAAGAUUCAGAAGAUGUUAAUUAUUUUCAAUGAAAAAGACCAGAGCUGUCAUACUUUUAAUAGUAAGGCAAAGGAAGACGAAAUGACAGUAUUAUCUAACUACUCCCCAGAAAGUUCCGUUCACCAGAAUUUGAACGAGGGAAGUUCGAAUUCUCUAUCUUCUGGUUAUGGAGAACAACGAGCAGGCUCAACAGAUCAAGCGCCUGCGCCUCUACGAGUAUCUGCUGCAACUCCUGAGUUCUUCAUCACAGUACAAGAAAUUCCGAGUACUCCACCCUAAUCCCUAAACCCUAAACCCUAAACCAACAUCAGUUCUAAAGAAGGGUCCGACCAUGAUAUAUAUCUUUAUCAUAGUUGUAUGAUAUGCUAUAUACCUAGCUAAAACAUGAUGUUGGUUUCUAUGGGAUCUUGCAUGUGCUGUUUAGUUAUGCACUUAUGCUAAACAAAAACACCUUUUCGUAAGCAAUUUAUUCUACUAUAUUCCAGA